AUGGGCCUGGCAAUAGAAGUGGGCCCGUACGGCGCCUACGAGGCAGAAGACCUGGACGAGAUGCGCCCGCAGCUCGACGCGGACAUGGCGCGGAUCAACACCAUGCUGGCGGGGGCCAGCCUGCCGCCGCACACGGAGAACCAGGCCGAGGUCGAGUUCGACUCGCAGGCGUGGGUCAGCUCGUUCCCGUACCGCUUCCUGCACUUCCUCCGCGCGGUAGCGUACCACCAUUCCCUUGGCCUGCCGCUGCCCGACCAGCUGGCACAAGGAUACGACGCCGCGGACGACUACGACGGCGCUUCCAUGCUCGACAGCCACCUCCUCAACCAUUCCGACUGCGACGGGUACUAUGUGCCGAUCGACUUUGACGCGCCGCUCGUCGACGACGAGUAUCCCGGCGUCAUACUCGGCUCCAGUGUUGCGCUGCAGCGCGAACUGCUCGCAGUCGCCGCCCCGCUCGGCAUCGAGGUCGAGUCCCCUGGUGGACGUGUGACGGCCGACAGCGUCGCCGCGCUCGAGAAGAGCAGCGAGGACGAGGAACACCCAUGCUGGAUCGCGCGCGAGGUGUGGCUUACCCUCUAUGACGCGACGCGCGCGAGUAUAGCCGCGGGGCAAGUGAUUGUGUUUCAGUAG